GGCAGAAGAAACAAGAAGAAGAAGAAAAGGGGAAAACUGAACAGAGUCAGGCCCUCUAUGUUGUCGGGACUGAAAUUUGGAGGCAGAUUGGGCAAAUCCAGGAAAGGAAGCGAUUCUUCUGCACUCAGCCAAAUGUCAGGCCCAAGUGUCAGGGUGUCCAUGGAAAGAAACAGCAUUGAGACCAUCUCCCUUCAGUCAAAUAUUCCACCCGACACGGUGCUGCCAGCAGUGACAAAAACAGGAGAACACAAACCGCCAUUAAAAUCACCAUCUAGAAUAGCACCCUAUCUGGAAUUG